AGUUACGCGAUAUGGCCAAUUAUGGGUAAGACGGACACUCGAUGAAAUUUUCUCACCCGAAUGGAGUGGUUACUAUCGUAGGAGCUACUCGAUAAAAAGUAAAAUACGCAUUGUUUCAGAAAAUGUUGGAAGAAAUGAAUCUGACAGGCUGCUUCCUUUCAACAUGCAUCUCGACAUACCAUUAUCUAUGUCACCCUAUUUUGAGAUGAUGUUCGUAGUACAGUACAGGUUCGUAAACAUACACAUGGUGAAGAUGGAAGAGAAGUCGAAGGAAGCCUCAGACUCAGCUACGUUGUAUCACUCAAACAAAUGUCACGACUCGUUUAAGAGAUGCAUCAAACAGCAUCAGGCGCUCCUCGCAUACGGCAACAAGUUAGAGGAAGUGUUCGCGAUAGUCGUGCUGGGACAAGUGUUCCUCUUCAGUUUCCUGAUGUGCCUCGACGGAUAUCUGAUACUUCUGGAUGAGUUGAGUGAAGCGAGGCGCCUGAUUUUCGUAGUUCACAUAGCAGGCUGCAUGUGCCAGCUGUUGAUGUUCACCUACAGCUGCGACUGUUUGAUUCAAGAGAGCACGCGAGUAGCUUCGGCAGUCUACUCAGGACCGUGGCUACGACUGCCGGUGAACGAAGGUGGUAGAAUGCUUAGGAAAGACAUGGCGUUUGUAAUCAUGAGAUCGAGAGUGUCCUGCUGCCUGAGAGCCAGCGGAUUCUUCGUUGUAUCGUUGGAAACGUAUACUUCGGUGUUGAGUACAGCAGUGUCGUAUUUUACGCUACUGAGGAGUUACUAAAACGAAGCUCUGCGAAUGACAGAAAUUCAAACAAAGAGGACAUUUUUUGACGAUAGUAUCAUGAUUGAACAAUCUUAUUUGAAA